CCCCUUUUCGCCGAAUCUUUUAUAAGAUUCGGGAUGCAAAGUUAGGGUUUCAAUUGAGUUUCUCAGAAAUCGCCGUUUCCAAUCUCGGGCUUGCUCCGUCGUCCGGUUUAGAACCACAAAGAAGAUCGGAGAUGGGGAAGGUGCACGGAUCGCUGGCUCGGGCGGGGAAGGUGAGAGGGCAGACGCCGAAGGUGGCGAAGCAGGAUAAGAAGAAGAAGCCGAGGGGCCGGGCGUACAAGCGGAUGCAGUACAACCGCCGCUUCGUCACCGCCGUCGUCGGCUUCGGCAAGAAGAGAGGCCCCAACUCGUCGGCGAAGUAGAGGCCGAGAGAGAGAGAGAGAGGGUGGGCCACAGGUUCUUGGUGCCCUUUAUGAAUUAGAUGGUAUUUUAAUUUCGUGGUGUAGGAUUUUGGAUCGUUUGGAUGAUAAUAGUAGAAAUAUGUUUCCUUUAAAAUUAUAAUUGGUGCUGUGGUAUUUUCUUUCUUUGUUUUUUAUUUUGAAGAACGCAGACUUAUCUCUAAUAUUAUCUCUAUCUUUGAUUCUUUGCAUUUA